ACUUACCUUCCCGACGUCUCUCACGACUCACGGUUAACACGCAGGGGAGCUCUCCUCUCUCGCUGCACACCUUCCUACCCAGACUACCAGCGUCCGCCGUGUGUGCUCCUCGUGGUUCACCUACCUACCUACCUACCUACUUACCAACCUACCCGCCAACCUACGGGUCCGUUUUGCUCCCCGCCCAGUCCGCGCACCCUUCUCUGUGUGCGUUCUCCUCGGGAUCGCUCUUCUCUCCUCUCAUCUCUCGUUCUCUCGUCUCUCGCGUCUCUCUCCCUCCCGCCCCGCCGCGUGUCACACCAACGCGAUCCCGCGUCUCCGUUCCCUCUAGAUCGCCUCUCCUCCGGUGAUCUACUUUCAUCUCUUUCACUCUGCCCUCCAAUCAGCUCUCUCUCUCUCCCUCUCCCUCCAGCGGAGCGGCGUCGGUGCUCGCCGAUACCGGGACCGUUUGCUCACCACCGCGCCGCGAGUACCAUACGGUUCUCUUCGUGGUCGCCGCAGCGCCACGCCGCGCCUCGCCUCGAUUCCUCCUCCUCCUACCUUCUCUCCUUUACCUCCUCCUCGUACCCCUCCCCUCAGGUGUACAGAAGGUUUCUCGCUCAGGUUAAGCCUCGGCUACGCGGCGAGUCGCGUCUCACGAAUCUCCGCGAGAGCGCUCGCUGAUAUUCCGCUUCGUCCACGAGGCGGCCCGCACGGAGGGGGGAUAUCACACGCCUCGAGAGAGGACCUGGACAACGAGCACCAAACGAUCGCCGGACGGUGCUCGGCAACGUGCUCGAGACUCCUUCCGAUCCUCCGGCGCGCCACCAGUCAGGACUCCGCUGCUGUCCUGCCGACAAGACACGAGACGACGCGACACGACACAACACACGAUACGACGCAGGACGCGGACACGAUACGACACGAGACGACACCGGCGAUCGAACGAUCGAUCGCACGAUCGGACACGCGCGUCGUUCGCGGGGAUCAUCGCAGGAUCAUCGGUCCCGACCGGAAAUACGCGGCGUCGCCCUGUGAGAACGAUCGCGACCAUGGAUCCUCGGUGAACAUCGCCCGAGCGGAAGGAUCCCACCUUGGUUCUGUCGCCUUUAUUCUUCGGGACAGGAGUGGGGCAGGAUUUCGACGGGGAUUUCGCCCCUGACCGAAGGGUGCCAAGUGAGACCAGGAGAGGGGAUUGAAGAGUUCUAGUCGAAGGAGCGGCUUGGAUAGAUACAGUUUUAGUUCAGUGAUCGACGGAGAAGCCUCGAACAUUGGCUGUGAGAGAUCAGAGGGAUCUUGUCGCUCGAGCACGUGGUUGCCACGAGGCGCUCACCACCUGCGAACACCUCGGCAGCAUAUCGGCGGACAGUAAUCGACGCUAGGAUGUACGAUCGGACGUUUCGAUCUGGAUACACGUAGGAGGUCUCGCUGGGACGAGGAAGAAGUGCCCUGAAGUGUGAGGAUCUCAGUGUUCGUUGUUGUUGAAACGAGAGUGACCCUUCUCUUUCUCCUCCUCGCUCUUUCUUUUCGCUUGCCCUGCUCUUCUUCUAUUGCCCGCCCGACAACGAGGACUCUGUGUGCUCUGUUUUCUGUCUCUCUAUACCCUUGCAUACUCCGUUUGAUCGGUGGUGAACUGGCCAGCGUAUAACAGUUGUGACACCGGCGACGACCGGGAUCAAGAAGCGAAGGCGGUACGCGUCGAGGAUCAAGAGGAUCCAGAGGACACACAACCGGUGGGAAAAAAAAGUGAGAAACCGUUCGCCGGAAGUGCCCAACCAUCUACCCCCGGCUUCAAGGUCGUGGAAUGACGCAUAAGGUCACCGCGAUCCGCCAGCAGGAGCCAGGACAAGGGUGACAGAGGCGGUGUGAUGAGCGGAUAUCUCGGUAGCAUCACCCUGCCCCCGACGUUGCUGCACGACCCGAAGUAUCCUCCAGCCAUGCGGGAGAAGGAUUCGAGCCCGAGGAAGAUGCCCGGCCAUAUCAGCCCCAAACAGGCCAGCAUCUAUCCGCUGAGCGUUCGCGUGCCGGACGUGGAAGAGCUGCCGUACGACCUGAGCCACGGCCACGGCCGGGGUCUCUCGAGCCCGACGAACCAGCAGCAGCACCACCAUCAUCAGCAGCAGCCGCACAUGAGUCCUGCGGCCCGGCCACCGCAGCCGCACCACCAGGACGAGCUGGACUGCGAGCCGCUCGAUCUUCGCGUGGAUCACAAGAAGGAGAGGCUGCGGGACGAGAACCAGAACGAGAUCGAGGUGCUGAACCAGAACAGCCUCGGCACCGGUCUGCCUUAUCACACGGUACUGUUCCCUCAACACCACGCCGUUCAUCCGCUAGUCCUGGAAGCCAUGUACCGGUCCCACCACCACGGUUCACCGGUUCCGGACCUACCCAAGAUCCAGGUCAGAGCGCUGCCCACCAUGGUGCCUCUGCCGCCGAACAGAUUCUCCUCGACGACCUCCUCCACGUCGUCCUCGUCCUCGCAAGCCGUCGCGAGGAUACCCAGCCCCUCCGCGGUUCCGCCGCCGCAGCAGCAGCCGCCGCAGCAGCAGCAAAGCCACGCGAGCCAGCAACAGCAAAGCCACGCGAGUCAACAGCAGCAGCAGCAGCAACAGCAACAGCAGCAGACCGCCUCCGCUCUGCCGCCGUACUCCAUCAGCGUGCAGGCCGGCUUGAAGCCGAAGGACAGAUACUCGUGCAAGUUCUGCGGCAAAGUGUUCCCCAGAUCGGCGAACCUGACGCGGCAUCUCAGGACGCACACCGGCGAACAGCCAUAUAAAUGCAAGUACUGCGAGAGAUCGUUCAGCAUCUCGAGCAACCUGCAGCGCCACGUCCGGAACAUCCACAACAAAGAGAAGCCGUUCAAGUGCCCGCUAUGCGAACGGUGUUUCGGCCAGCAGACCAAUCUCGACCGGCACCUCAAGAAACACGACGCCGACGGGCCGACGAUACUCGACGAGGUCCGCUCGAGGUACCACGGCCAGCUGCCCAGGGCGGACGAGUCCUACUUCGAGGAGAUCCGCAGCUUCAUGGGCAAGAUCACCUCGCAGAGGCAGGGGAUGCCUUACUUCCCGGGGCUGCUCGGUCACGGGGCCGACGACUUUAGAAGCGACAAGCAGCAGCUUCAAAUGGAGGAGAAGCGAGGCGACUCCUCGUACUUCAGCGACAGGGACAAUCUGAGCUCGAGGUCGAGCAGUACCGCAAGCAGGCCCGAGAGCGUCCAAGAAGAGCAGAGGGAAGUCAGUUCGCCGCCGUUGUCGCCCGGGAACAACACCUGAGCCGAGCCACCCGAUCGUUUCGGGUUCGAUUAGUCGAUGAGGCCCUCUCUUUCUCUCUGACGGGAAGUCCGGGUCGCCGGGUCCUAGGAUUAGUGUUAGGAAAAGUCUUUCAGAACGAGGAAACUGUGGCAACAGACUAUUUGGCCGGCCGUCGAGUCUCCCGGGCUCGUCGUCGACCGGAAGAACCGUCGUGGACGUCGGUUCCGCGUGCCUGAAGCGUCCUCCGGCUCCGGCAUGGAGGCGCGUUUAGUUUAAGUAGACGAUAAAGUCGACCUAAGCACCAAUCUUUCGCGGCCCUGGCUCGAUAACUGUCGCAGAAGCGUGCGGGACAAGGUGGAAUUCUCCGGACCGCUGGGAAGACAUUCGUUGUACAAAGUAAUUGGAAUAUGGAAUGAAUCUUCCGAACAACUCGGUAUCAAUUGGGAUCCAAUGGGAAUAGUUUCUUUAUACCGUAAAUUUUCUCAAAAUGUUCCUCAGCUUCUAAACGAAAAUAGAUCAUUUCGGAAGAGGAGAGACGCGAUUAUUCGAGCCUCGCGGCUCGUUUUUACGGUCUCCGAUUGUCAGAAACUGUAAAAAACGAGCAAUUUUUGCUUAUCAAAGCUGACGGAAAAUUCCGAGAGGAUUUACAGUAUUUUAGAAAUUCGCGAGUGAAAUAGAAUAUAAAAGACAAAGGCCCCGAUUCGAAGGUAUCUGUCAGGCAGUUAUCAAGACACCGCCGCAAUUACUCGUAGCCCUUUGUUCGUUCGCGGAGCAUAACAGAUAGAUCGGCCGGAAACGAUUCGACUUUCGAGAGCGUCUAAUGGUUCCCCGAACGGCUUCGAUCUCGAGUUAAUUCCUGCCGGUAAGAAAACGACACUUCUCGGCUUUACGAUCUAGAAAGUGAAUUUCAGCCGGGUGGAAAUAAAACAGAAAUCGCCAGGCGGAUCCGCGCCAUUUCCUCGGGGAACCCUGGGCGAUUCGACGGCUCCGGGCACGAGCCAUUAAACUUCCAGAGAAAAUCGAGGGAUCGGGGAUCGAAAAAGGGAGACGAGCCUCUCGAUGUUUCCGCGUGAAAGUCGACCGCGGCCCGUUGGAAUUCGACACGGCCGAACCGUAAUAUAUAUGUAUAUGUAUCGAGAAGGAGAAGCGGAUUUCGUGGGAAAGCCGACGCGCGCCGCGCCGCGCCGCUCUGAUCUACGCGGACAUGGAAAACCGGCGCGCUUCCUGCCGACGAUGAUCAGCGAAAAGGAACAAACGAACCUCGGCGAUCCCACACGCGCGCGGACGACGCUCUCCUACCCGCGGCCCGUUUCCCGCGGCCGGUCCCAGAAAACUAUACCCGGGGCGAAAACGAUCUAAUCGCCUUCCGUUCUUGACUCUCUCGCGUCUCCGCCGGCGGAUUCGCCGGCGCUUUCUAACCGAUGGCCGAUAGGUGCCUCGACCUUGGCGGCGACGCCGCGAUCGAUUAUGCGAGAUCCGGAUCGAGCGCCGGACCGUCGCCGUCGGAACGGACGCCUCGACGCCUGUUCCGAGGAGGAGCUGCCAACGGAACGGUCGCUGCAUCGGCUCCCGGCGCGAUAUUAGGUGGCAAUUUAUCGGUACUUUCUACCAUGCACCGCCGCGACGUUCACCGCAAGUAGCGCAGGUGUGGAGGCUGCGCUCGCGCCGAGCGGAUCCUCUUGACCUUGGUAAACGCGAGCGAGCGAGCGAGCGAAGGAGCGAGCGGCCGGAAACGCGGUCGAAGAAAGGUGUUGUUGCUUGCGCGCGGCCGAGACCGUCUUCGUUUUUCGAAGGGUGUGCGCACCGGCUGGCCAGGAAAAUCGGAUGAGCGAUGAUAGUCCCGGGAGUUCAGUGACGCGUGAGAAACGAUUUGCGCUUUCUAGCUUGGAAUGCCGGCGUUCCUCUAAAUUACAGGAGACGCCGGUUUCGCGGUGCCCGGGCCCGCGUCCCUGAUCGAGCACGCCCGAGAUCGAUCGGGGCCCGGCCGAUAUUUUUCGGUUUCCUUGUUUCUGACGCGCUGGGGUCGCGAGCGAUUCGCGGUGAACGGCGGCCUCCUCGAAAUCCAUUUUAAGACCGAUCGAUUUCGAAAGGGAGAUCGAUGCAAGAUCGAUCGUGAACGCGAGGUGUGACUAAGCUUCGGGGCUUCGAUCUCUCUCUCUCUCUCUCUCUCUCUGUCUUACACUCUGGCUCUCUUUAUCCCUCUUUCUCUCUCUUUCUCUCUUUCUCUCUUUCCUCUGGGCGCAACGGUGAGGUCGAGAGAGGAUGGCCAGGCCCUGUUUUUCUUGCUUCACGCAUACGAUCCCGUCCGACGAUGGCCUCGGACCUCUCUUGCGUUACACUUCUGCCACGCCCCGAUCGGACGGGCAAGCUCAUCGCGAAAGUGAAACGCAAUAAAGGAGCCACGCCGAGGCGAGAGAGCGAUCUCGACAACCAUGAAACGCUUAACAGAGAGAUACGCCGCGGGAGAAGGAAAGAUCGGACGUGUCCGCGACCGAGACGGAGAGAACAACGGCCGCGGGGGGGAACGGGGACACCAGCGAGUCGACCGAUCCGAGACCUCGGAGCUUGGAAAUCGGCUCCCCCGACCUCCUACGAUCGCCAAUUAGAGUUCCGGAUUUUUUUACAAACGCGCCGUCAGCGCGAGCUUCGCGUCGGCUGCGCUGGCUCGCGACAGCCGUCCGCUACAGGCGAUGGUAACACUAAAUCUAGCAUUUCGUUUUUUUUUUUUUUUAAAUGACCGCUCUUACACCCUUCAUUCUCAUAAUGUCGUAUUACGAAGCCGUAUCUUAAAAAACGAUUGAAUAUAUUCAUUUGUUUAAGCUCACGUUAUAAUCACGACGGCGAGAAGUCUAAAUAAAUUCAGUAUUGUCGUUCUCACAAAAGCAACAGUCGUUUGUCACUUCCAGAGCUUGGAAGGUUUAGUAUGUUCAUUAACACUAAAUCUACCGAGCCGAUCAAAAUGAGUCGUUUCAUAUAUUUGGUAUAAAGAAGACAUUUCAAUCAAAAUAGCGAAUGGUCUAAAUAAACACAGUUUUUUCCGUAAAUACAGUUUUUCCUUAUAAAAAAAUACACAGUUAGGUCUCGGUUGGUUCAGUGUUAAACCAACAUACUUGAAGUCACGCUCUUCGAAAUUUAGUGCUUCUGUCGUCGUCAAGGAUCGCGAUCGAACUUUGUUCCUCAAUUUCUGUCGAACGUGUAUCAAUAGCGCCAUCCUCGCUUUCCUGAUUGUUCUAGCUAGCAUGAAUCUUUUAAAUUCGCUAAUAUAAUUAAACCGAUCCCUGCGAAGUCUCCUUGCACCGCAUUCGAAAUCAGAAAAUCGACUUCUUGCUUCGAACCGAUUCCACUGCAAUGGACGCUUCUCUUCUCUCUCUCUCUUCUUUCUCUCUUUUUUCUCUCCCUCCUUCUUCAUUUCUUCACCUAGAAGAUUCUCUUUGCGAAAUCUCGAGGGAAAUCGGCAGGAAUGCUCAAGAACGUUUACAGAAUCGUCGCCGCGACGUCGAGCGUGUCGAUACGAUAACGAUCGGCGUUGACGCACAAUCGCCGCCGGUUUCCACGGCCCGGGAUCCUCGUCUCGGCCAGUCGUUCCUCUCGCCAAGGAAAAGGAAAAAACCGGAGGAGCCGCGAAAUUUCUCGGGAGGGAGGGACGAGGAGGGGCGAGCAGCUUAUCCCGCGAAAUCGCGCGUUCUCACGUCCGCGCGCGCUGCGCGUUUUUCGAUCUCAUCUCGUUCCAGUUUACACGCGUGAUUUCACUGGUCGCCGGCUCGUGGACUGGCCGGGUCGAUUCGAAUUGCGACAGCCUGCUAGAACGAGAAAAGAAAGCGAACGCGCGGAGACGGGACGGGCACAGAAAACGGCCCCCGUCGACGAUCGUUCGCCGGAAACGCUGCUCCUCUGCGGGAGCUGCGGUGCUGCGAGAGUAAUCGUCGAACGGCAUCAUUCGGAAAAGACGCGUUGCAAACGGGCCGUCGGCGUCGUUCUUUCUGCGCAUUUUCAUUGCAGAUUUCUUGGCAGACUUUUUCGCAGACUUUUCUUUUAGAGAUAAUGACACGCAAGAUCUCUGGACUACGAAUAUACAAAAUUAGUAUCGGAAACCGUGCCAUUAAAUGAAAACACAGCGGUAUACUUUCGAUGCAAUUACGGCUAGACCGCGGAUUUGAUGGAUUUAUAACAAAAAUGAAUAGAUCAAAUGCAAAAUA